AUGAUAGAACGUGAACAAACAGAUGAUUUUCACAUCAUAUCAAAACAGAUUCAAUCUCAAUUCAAUUUAGCACAAUUGGAUGAAUUUCCAUUCAUAACUAGAAAGAAAGAGUAUCUUUGUUUACAUCCUCAGAUCAUGAUAAAUCAAACGAGAUUUUACAAGGCUAGCGAACAUCUCAAAUAUUCCAGACCACAAUCCUUGGGGAGUUAUCAACCUCAUUUGUCAACAUGUCAAAUGUGA